AUGAAAGACGACGAGGCGCAGUGCACAGACGCGGCACCUUCACCCCCUCAGACCACGGCCGGAGCGACUCAGGGGCACCGGCCGGAGGAGGAGGAGGAGGACACGGAGGAGGACAAGGAGGAGGAGCAGGGCCCUUGGACCCUGCCAACGCCGCCAUUAGUCGCGCAUGUGACCAGUGCCGGAUACGGAAAUGAACGAAAAAUCGACCAAAUAGAACAACGCCUGUGCUCAAUAGAGAAACUCCUCCGCGACCUGAGCAACAACAGCAACUUCCGGCGGGGCGCCGACCUCCCGCUGCACGAGGCGCCCCCGUCGGCAGCAUCGUCGUCCAACCCGAUGGACACGAGCGGGGCCGGGGACGACCACCGCAGGGCCGCCGCAGGCGACUCCCCGCUCACGGCCACGGCCCACGACAGCAACGACGACAUCGACGACAUCGACGACGACGCCGCCAGCACGCCGACCAACGAGCUCGACUCGUCCGCCUUCGAGGGCAACUCGUCGCUGACGGCCCACACCGUGUUCGCGUCCGAGUUCCUCGAGCACGCCGUCGAGCGCACCUCCCUGCGCGACCUCAACCCCAGCAUGGCCGCCGCGCUGACCUCGCUCAAGCAGAUCGUCGGCCUGAGCCAGAAGCAGCAGGGCAGCGGCGCGGCGCGGCGCGGCUCGACGGGUGCGUCCGGUGGCAGUGGUGGUGGGAGUAGUAGUGGAGGCGGCGGCGGCGGGAGCAGUAACGAGGUGCGGUUCGCGCACCAGCGGCCGCUGCCUCGCGGAGGGUUCCGCGAGCUGCCGAUGCCGCCGGUGCAGGCGGUGAUCCCCGUGCUGCGGGAGGUGAAGGAGACGCCGCCCGGGACGUUCACGCUGAUCAGCGUGUGCUGCUUCAUGGCCGUGGAGAACUUUGCCGAGGCGUGCCGGCGGGUGUACUUCGCGCUUGAGGAUUUCAGCCACGCCAACUUCAUCAUCGUCAACAUGGGCCUGUACUAUCUGUUCCAGGAGAAGGCGGUGGUGGCGGGCGGCUCAGGGGACACAGCGGCGCGUGACCGAUACACGGGCUACUACGAGCUGUGCCGCGACAACCUCGAGACCGGGCUCGCCAACCUGCGGUUCUUCCUCGGCGCCAGCAUGGAGACCAUCGAGGCCCUGCUGCUGGGCGCCAGCUACGCCAUCGAGGUCAGCCGCCCCAGCCUCGCCUGGCAGCUCAACACCACCGCCGCCCAGCUGUGCCAGGACCUGGGCUACCACCGCGUGACGGGCGGCACGGUCAAUGUGAACAGCGCCAACGGAAGCGGCGGCGGCGGCAGCAGCAGCAGCGCGGGGGCCGGGGCCCAGGACGGCAGCGUGCUCAGCGACAAGAAGGCGAUCCUGUUCUGGUUCAGCUACAUGCUGGACCGCGGGCUGGCGCUGCGGCUGGGGCGCGCGCCGACCAUCCAGGACUUUGACGUGACACUGCCGCGGGUCAUCGGGCGCGUCAACGCCCCCGACAUGUGGAAGGAGGUGCUGCGGCUGUGGAUCGCCCAUGCCGACAUCCAGGGCCAGAUCUACGAGCGACUGUACUCGCCAUCCAGCCUGGGACACCCGGUUGGCCAGCGUGUCGAAACGGCGCGGAGGCUCGCGAGCCGGCUGAAAAUGAUCGCCGAGCAGGCACUGCUGCUGCGGAGCACCGAGAUGGGCAAGCUGAAGGCGGGCGGUGGUGGUAGUGCGGAGGGCGGUAGUUGGGCUGACGCGAGGAAAGCUACUGUGAUGGAGAUGGUCAUGAAGAGCGACCAGGUCUCGUUCCUUAGCAGCCUGACUUUGGUGUACCGGGCCAUCCCUGCUGGUGUGGGCGGGCAUGGGUUCUCAACGUUCACGCCUGAGUGCAUCGAGACAGCGAGGCUGGCCAUGCAGACGCACGAGGAGUGCAUGAAGCUCAUGGGGAGCAACCUGUGGGUGGCGGCUUCGUACAUACACUGGACAAUCCUCUACGCGCCUUUCGUCCCCUUCAUCGUCAUCUUCUGCCACAUCAUCGAGACGUCCAACAUGGCAGACCUGCAGCGGCUGCGCGACUUUAUCGCCUCACUCCAGCCGACGUGCGCCGUGUCCGAGGGCGUCGACAAGCUGCACCGCUUGUUUUCGGUGCUGCAGAACGUCGCCACGCUGUACGUCGAGGCCAAGACAAAGGCAAACUCGUCCGAGCCCCAAGACACCGACAUGGCCCCCAUCGGCAACGAGUUCGACGUCUAUCUCUCUGCGCUGGGCUUCAUGCCCGUCGACGGCGACCUAUCAGCCGCGCAGGCCCAGGCACAGGUCCAUCAAGCGCAGGUUCAUCAGGCUCACGCCGCAGCUGCGGCAGCCGCCGCUGCUGCGAGUGGGGCGCUUCCUACGUCCCCCGUCACUGCUGGGUCGGUAUUUGGUGCGUCGCCAGUGGCUAACGCGGCGGCGAUGAAUCAGACGAGCCAGCUGGGCGAUUGGUUCUCGGGUAAUCGGUAUAUGAUGGGUCUCUUGGAGGAGGAUCUUUCGCAAUUCCAGCCGAAUAGUUGGACGAACGCAUAG